AUGGGAUAAUCAUCAAUUACAGUCAUUGAUCCAAAUUAAAAUUAAAAUUACUCAAGAUAAAACACUACUUAGGAGGUGGAAGAGUAAAUAAAGCGAGCUUUCAAACAAGCUUCUCCUUAAGGAAGAUUAACAAGAGAUAAAUUUAAUGAAGCACUCGGGAUAUUUGAAAGUAUCUAAUUGAAAAGGUUGAGAGAUACUCCUUUAGCCGAUAGACUAUAUUAAUUAUUAGAUAAAGUAUAAUUUAAAUUUAUAUUGUAGAGUGAAGAAGGAUACAUAACUGAAAGAGAAUAUUUGGAAGGCAUUACAACAUUGAUUAAUAAUAAAGAUAAAAGGAUUAUAUGUAAUCUAUAUUAGUGUAAAGGUAGAUUCUUUUUAAAUGAUUGACAAAAACAAAGAUAACAAAAUAGAAUUCUAAGAGUUUUAUGAUUUUGUGAAGGAUAGCUGGUUGAGUGCUUUUAGAUUAUUAGGGGAAAAAGUUUGUUCAGGUCAGAAUCCAUAUUAAUUAACAUAAUCAAAAAUAAAUGCUUGGGCAUAAGGAUAAUUGAACAAACUUUACACUUAAGUUUAAGAGCUCUUUAUAAAGUUUGCUUAAUAGAAUGUAUUUUAUAAAUAAAAAAUAAGAACUCAAUGGACCCAACAGUGUUUAGAUAAUGGGUUAUAAGCAAUGAAUUUGGAUUUAUCAAAGCAGAGUUGGGAAAUGAAUCUGUUUAGAUUCCACUUCAUUUAUACAGAUUAGAAGAAAAAUGAAAUUAUAAAUAAUUAAUCUAUAAACAUUAUGUAUUGUGCAGAUAAUUAAAUAAGUUGCACAAUAAUUUAUGCUUUGAACAUAUUUGGCUUGUUACUAGUUUUAGGAAUAUUAUUCAAAAGCAGAGAAUAUUAUUUAAGAGAAUGGAAAAGAAUAAGACAAGUAAUUAAAGAUUACACUAUGUAAGAAUAUAUAAUAAGUUUAUAAUAGAGAUUAUCGAAGUGGUAGUAAUUUAAGAAUAUUUGCAAAGUUUUUAGUUGUUUUAGUAGGAUUUUGUAUCUUAAUAAUAGGAAGUAUAAUUUCUGUAUAUAAUAUAUUCAUUUAUCAAAGAUUAUUUUGUGGGACAAUAGUUUCGGAUUCAUGGAAAUAUCUAAUACAUUUUUAUGGAUAUUAUGUGCUUUCCUAUUUUACGUUGAUUAUCGCUCUAUUUUUAAGUUUUCAAAGUAUGAAAUCCUAUAUUAUUAAGAUAAUUGCGUCUAGCAUUAGCCAUUAUUCUGAUAAUUUAAUUUACAUCAGGUUUAGUAUUUGGAAUAGAGAGAAAUAUAGAAAAAGAAAAUAAAGGAUUAGAUGAAUUAACUGUUGAAGCAUCAGUAUAUAUAUGCAAUUUCAUAAUGAUGCUUGUUAUAAAUAUAAUAAGCUUAUUCUUUCCAAAGUUUGAUUAUUAAAAAAUUAGUAAGAAUAGAGAUGAUAAUAAUUUUAUAAGCAUUAAUACACUUUAACAUCAUUUGAUUAGUGAUGAUUCAUUAUCUUUAUAAAUUUAAAAAUAGAAUGCUAUAUCUAACUCUAAUUCACAAAGUUAAAGAUAAUCAAUAUCUAAAAAUCCAAAAAGAAGUUAAUCAUUUUUGGAUUAGUAAGAUGAUUUUAAUAAGGAAGAUGGUUAAUAAAAUUCUUUGGGAUCUUCUAGUAUAUAAAAGUUAAAAUUGGAAUAGUCAGGUUUGAUUGAUCCAACCUAUGGUUUAAAGAAAGAAGAAGAGGCUAUUUAAAAGGAGAAAGAGUAAAAAGAAUUAAUGAGUUAAAUUAUGGAUAUGCAUAAGUAGUUAGAUGAGAAAUUAAACAGAUUAAAAUAAGAUAGUGAAAUAAAUUAAUAACAAUAAAAAUAGCCUCUUAAUUUGGAUAAUAAAACAACUAAUUAAGAGUUAACAGAGCUGUCAGACUAAUUAAAUUAGUAGAAAUAAUAAGAAAUCAAUGUUAAAUAAAAAUAUGAAAUACAAAGUAUUAAGAUUGAAGGAUUUGAAGAAAUUAAAAAAUAAGGAAAAAGAUUCAUAUAUUUUAAGAUAUUCUAUUUUUCAAAUUCUAAAUAAAGACAAGUCAGAACUGAACAUAAUUUGAAAGAAUUUUAAUAAUUAAGAUUAGCUUUAUAAUAAGUAUAUGUGGAUCACACUUUUCCAGAAAUACCUGAGAAAAAACCAAAUGAAAGAUUGACUGGAAAAGAUGUUGCAAGUAGAGGUGAAGCUCUUGAAAAAUUCUUAUAAUUCAUAGUUAAAAAUCAAAUGUAUUGUUAAACUUUAGAUAAAUUUUUAGAGGAAACUGCAGGACCUAUUAAUAUUGAAGAUGAAAGUAAAUUAUAUAAUUAUAUUUUAGAGGAAGCUAACAUAGAUUAAGUAUUAAAAGAUAAGUCAUUUGAUGAAUUCUUAGAAAUAAGAAAGGCAAGUGUAACAUCCAGAUAAAGUUAUUUAGAGAAAGAUUUUAAUGAUGAUAGUUUUGAACCUAAAUAUAGUAUAUCUUAGUAAGAUUAAUCAUAAUAUUCCCAACGAGGUAAUGAUCGAUAUUCAUCAAAUAUAUAACCAGGGAUGGGAAAUGGACAUAAAUUCAUUAUUAAGGAAGUUAAAAACCUUUAAUAAAUUACAGUAUGAAACAAUAAUAUAAUAGUAUUAUAAAAUUGAGGGAUCAAUAAAUGGUUAAACUGUCGCUACUGUUUAAAGAAGGUAUAAUGAUUUUAAAGAUUUGUAUAAAAAGGUUAGAUUAAAAUUAAAUUUUAGCUAUUAGAAAGCCAAUAUCAAAUCCCUGUUUUACCUAAUGAACCUUUUUAAAAAUAGUAGGAUGUUAUAGCUUAUCGAUAAGAAGCUUUAGCUUAAUUUUUAAAUGCUUUGUAUUAAAAUAAAUCAGUUAAAACUAAUAUGGUUUUUAAAGAAUUUGUGGGUAUUUGA